CGCAGCCGCGUCCCCGCCUCCCCUGGGCGCUAUUCUCCCUGAAUAACGGAGUCUGGUUUUAUUCUCUUGCUCUGGUUUUACUCCCUGGAUCCGGCGUGUGUGUGUUUUAGCGGCUCGCUGGUGGGCGCCGUCGUCGCUGGUGUCCGGGUCCGGGCCCGGUCUCUUCUCUGAAGCCGCCGCAGUGACAUGCGUCCCCGCCGCGCCGAGCCCGCUCCCGCUCCGCUCCGCGCCGCACCAAGCCUGUAGCAGGCCGGGUCUCUGGUAGCAGGCCGGGUUUCUCUAGCCGGGACCGGACGAUGCUCCAACAUGUCCGGGAAUCACUACAAGGGCCACGAAGUCAGCUGCUGCAUCAAGUACUUCAUUUUCGGAUUCAACAUCCUGUUCUGGCUGCUGGGUAUGGCCUUGGUUGGAAUUGGACUGUGGGCAUGGAGUGAGAAGGGGGUUCUGUCCAACAUCUCGUCCAUCACAGACCUGGGGGGCCUGGACCCCGUCUGGCUCUUCAUGGUGGUGGGGGGGGUCAUGUUCAUCCUGGGCUUCGCCGGCUGCAUCGGAGCGCUGCGGGAGAACACUUUCUUACUGAAGUUUUUCUCCGUGUUUCUGGGAAUUAUCUUUUUCCUGGAGCUGACCACGGGAAUCCUAGCGUUCGUCUUUAAGGACUGGAUCAAAGACCAGCUCAACCUGUUCAUCAACAACAACAUCCGGGCCUACCGGGACGACAUCGACCUGCAGAACCUCAUCGACUUCACUCAGGAAUACUGGGAGUGCUGCGGUGCAUUCGGAGCCGACGACUGGAACCUGAACAUAUAUUUCAACUGCACUGAUGGGAAUCCCAGUCGGGAAAAGUGCGGCGUUCCCUUCUCCUGCUGCACCAAGGACCCAGCGGAGGACGUGAUAAACACUCAGUGUGGCUACGACGUCCGAGCUAAACCGGACUCGGAGCAGAGGGACUUCAUCAACGUGAAAGGCUGCGUGCCGCAGUUCGAGAAGUGGCUGCAGGACAACCUGACCCUGGUGGCCGGGAUCUUCAUCGGAGUGGCGCUGCUGCAGAUUUUUGGGAUUUGCUUGGCGCAGAACUUAGUGAGCGACAUCGAGGCAGUGAGGGCGAGCUGGGUGCCCCCCCCUCUCUCCAUGCGCCGACUCCCACCACCUUCCAGCAAGAAGUCACCGGCUUACUACUCAUGAGACUCACACAGCCGUUCUGCUGGUGGGUGUGAUGGAUCCAUUUUCUUCACCUAACCCUGAGCAGCGACCACACCCUGACAGCACUGUCACAGGACACGGAUCACCGGCACCAUUUUCAACCAGCACCUUUUUUCAAGGCACUAAUAUGUGAAAUGCUCUGUACAAAAAAAACACAGCUACAUGUAGAAAGUAGGAGUUUUUAUACAUCUUUUGAUAGUAGACCUGUAUUUUUCACUACGGGAACAACGGCACGCUGCUUGGAACCAGUGGUUUCUCCGAGUGCUUGCUCCACAGAGCUUUCCACCACUCCUCAACUCUAGUUCAGCUUCCAGCCAGAAACAAGAAGAUAAUUCACUCAUUUAGCUUCAGCCGUGGUGGAUCUCAGCAUCUAAACCUGCUUCCUGUUGCUUUCAAAGGUUACACAUCCAACAAGCAUGAAAACAGAAUUGACUUGAACGUCUUAGAAGACGAGGUCAGGGUGUUUGUGAAGGAGCACUUCUUUAUUUUAAUUUGCUGCAAUGUCUUUACUGAAGAAACGUAUCAAACGUUCAGGGUGCUGGUGCAGAGCUGGAGCUAGCAGCUUGUUGUUGGGGACCCGGCCAGACGCCCGGCUCCACUGCUGCUUUUACAUUUACACUAGGGUUAAGAUCUUAGCUUUGGAUCAUGUAUGUGCAGCCAUCUUGGCUCUCACUUCUAGGAAGUUUCCAGCUGUGGACGGAUUCAAUUCAAUUCAAUUUUAUUUCUAUAGCAUUACAACAGAAGUUAAACAUAAACCCCCGAGCAAUUAUUACAUAAACAUAACAGAAACAUUGGCAGGUAAAAACUCCCCUUUAGGGGAAGAAACCAGGACCUGGAUCAUAAGGGGGGACCAGACUGGGCAGAGAAGGGAAAGAGAGAACAGACAGAGAGAAUGAAGAACAGAGAAAGGAGGGGGUCAUGAUGUCACCAAGCAUAUAGCUGAUAUCCACACAGGCAGGUGGAAGCAGCAGUGGGAUGAUCAGAGGGGGGGGGCUGCAGGCAGGUGGAAGC